GUUCAGUCUAGGUCUGUGUUUGAUGGCAGGAGGAGCACCGACAGAGAGAAAACAGAAAGGAGCAAACGGACGAACUAAAGAGAAAAAGGACACAUGAUAUUUUUGAGAAUUGAAAGCUUGCAUGGAGCUUAAGGAUUUGAAAACGAGUUUAUCGAAAUAAGUACAAAAAAUUAAAAAAAUAAACAUAGACCGUGUUGCAAAGAGAAAGAGACAGCUGGUUAGUGGGACGAGAGAGAGAGAGAAAAAAACAAAAAAAACCCCGCAACCACCACGAGAGGUGUGCACCCAGAAAGUGGGAGAGAGGCUGUGAUAAGUAUACUGGCAUUCUGGGACAGUGUCCUCAGUUUAAUGAAGAAGAAAAAAAAACCCAGGCUUAAAUAAUGUGACAAACCUUUGCUAAACUGGAAGCAACAUAUUGCAGCUUGUCACACAAAGAUGAGAGAUGAGUCAGAUAAACCAAUGUGAACAGAAUUUCCAAGCAUUGUGCACACAUAUGUCACAUAUGAGAGAUCUUUGUUGCAUGGACGGUAACUGAACCAAAAUUAUGUUGCACUGCCUUAUUACUUUGUUUUGAAGAUAACAAAGACAGGAUUUUGAUUGCGAUUCAUAUGCAGCUGUGACAUAUUGCUGCACUUCAGCAAAACCAAAAUAAUAACUUUGAAUGCUGCUUGUUCAACUCUUGUCCAAACACCAACUAUUUCAGUAUUCAGUGGGGGAGCAGCCAACUUCCAAAGUUUCCAGAUGUACAGUAUUUUGUUAGACCUGUAAAUGAACACUUGGAAUGAAACAGUACUUUCAGGACAUGUUAAAGCUCUGACAUUACUACAUAGCUUUUUCCAGAUGUAUUGUCCAUUCUCUUCACUGAAAACAUACACAUUGUUAUAUGAGAUCCAGAUGGAGCUAUGGGGUUGACCUACAAAGCCAUAUGAAAAGUAUUAUCCAACAGUGGAAUCAAGCGCACUUUUUAAAAACUUUAGACAAUACCUUUGCACUUAAACAUCAUUUCAUGCAACGCACCACCAGUGGGAAGACUCUACAUUUUUAAUAAAAGAAACAAGAAAUAGGGGGCAUCAGGCCAGCCAUAAUUACAAUUGUGAAUUUCUUUGAAAGUACUUACUUGAAGCUGUUGUGGCAACAAGAUCAGAAUGAGUGAGUGAGAGAGUGCGAGAGACUAUCUUGUUUUAGUUUACAGCCCAGAAAAUGAACAUAUCCAUGUGAGGAAUUACUGUAACAGCAGGAUUCACAAUGGCACAAACCAGUUUGUUGCAGGGAAAGAGGUUUUACUGCAGGGAGUGGGUUUUCCACAAGCUCCAGCACUGCCUCCAGGAGAAAACAAACAGUGUUAAUAGCACGCCUAACAAACAGGCUAGUGUAGCAAACCCUGUGAGCAAUUCCAGCACUGUUCCCAGCAAAGCAGUAGCCUGGGGAGUGCUGCUGGUGGGGGGUCCUGGCAGUGGGAAGACCGCUUUGUGCACCGAGUUGCUGUGGCCAAGCUCACCUCAGGGAUUGCAAAGGGGGACACACCGGCAAGUGCUGGCUUUCCAUUUCUGUCGGGCGGACGACUCUGACACGCUCUGUGUGAGUGGCUUUAUUCGGGGGCUGGUGGCUCAGAUUUGCCACAGUGGACUAAUACAGGGAUAUGAGGAGACAGUAAGAGACCCUGCAUUUCAGAGUGCUUUGCAACCUGGCGAGUGUGAAAGGAAUCCCGCAGAGGCUUUCAAAAGGUGUAUUCUCCUUCCACUCCUUGGAGCGAAACCUCCACAGCAGUCUGUCUUCAUCCUAGUGGAUUCAAUUGAUGAGGGGUGUCACUUUGGUGAAGGGGAGCAGCGAUCAUCAAGCUCCUCUAGAACUAUAGCAGAACUUUUAGCAAGCCACCAUGAGUUCUUCCCGCCCUGGUUGCUACUUCUAUGCUCUGCCCGGAAACAAAACAAAGCAGUCACAAAAUUGUUUACAGGUUUUCGUAAAAUCAGCCUUGAUGACCUCCGUAAAGCUUAUAUAGUCAAGGAUGUUCAACAAUAUAUUCUUCACCGAUUAGAUCAAGAAGAAGCUCUGAGGCAACACCUCACAAAAGAAACUGCAGAGAUGUUAAAUCAGCUCCACAUAAAAAGCAGUGGUUGCUUCCUCUACUUGGAACGAGUACUGGAUGGAGUUGUUGAAAACUUCAUCAUGCUGCGAGAGAUUCGUGACAUCCCAGGGACGCUAAAUGGACUCUACCUGUGGCUUUGCCAGAGACUUUUUGUGAGAAAACAGUUUGCAAAAGUCCAGCCAAUCCUGAAUGUGAUUCUGGCAGCGUGUCGCCCCCUAACAGUCAUGGAACUUUAUCACGCGGUAUGGACAAAAAAUAUGUCAUUGACAGUGGAGGAAUUUCAAAAGAAACUAGAUAUUCUGUCGAAGCUUCUUGUUGAUGGCCUUGAGAACACAAAAAUCCUUUUUCAUUACAGUUUUGCAGAGUGGUUGCUGGAUGUAAAGCACUGUACACAAAAGUAUUUGUGUAAUGCAGCUGAGGGACAUAGGAUGAUGGCUAUGAGUUACACUUGCAGAGCCAAGGAACUUGCACCACUGGAGGUGCAGGAAUUUGCAUUGCACCUGAUUAACUCUAGCUUACAGUUAGAGCCCUGUAACUUAGCACAGUGGAUGGUGUGGAACGGCACCCCUACAAAAGACUCAUUGACAACCUCAAUUCCAAAAGAACAAGAAGUGUUACAGUUGUUGGUAAAAGCUGGUGCUCAAAUCAAUAGUGAAGAUGAUCGUGCAUCUUGCAUCGUACAGCAGGCCUUGGAAAGGGAAGACUCCAUUAAGACUUUAUUAGAUAAUGGAGCUUCUGUAAACCAAAAUGACUCCAGUGGAAGAACUUUGUUAGCUAAUGCUGCAUACAGUGGAAAUCUUGAUGUGGUUAACUUGCUCAUUUCCAGAGGAUCCAGUUUGGAGAUUGAAGAUGGUCAUGGACAGACAGCACUUACACUUGCCGCGAGGCAGGGGCAUACCAAGGUGGUGAACUGCUUAAUUGGCUAUGGGGCAAAUAUCAAUCACACAGAUCAGGAUGGUUGGACAGCACUGAGGUCUGCAGCCUGGGGAGGACACUCUGAGGUGGUAUCUGCACUUUUGUAUGCUGGUGCCAAAGUAGACUGUGCUGAUGCUGACAGUAGAACUGCCUUGAGAGCAGCAGCUUGGGGAGGACACGAGGACAUUGUGCUUAAUUUGCUCCAGCAUGGAGCAGAAGUCAAUAAAGCCGAUAAUGAAGGAAGAACUGCACUCAUUGCAGCGGCAUAUAUGGGCCACAGAGAAAUUGUGGAGCACCUGCUUGAUCAUGGAGCCGAGGUAAAUCAUGAAGAUGUCGACGGACGGACUGCUUUAUCAGUAGCUGCACUGUGUGUGCCUGCUAGCAAGGGACAUGCAUCUGUAGUCAGCCUUCUUAUUGACCGGGGAGCAGAAGUUGACCAUUGUGACAAGGAUGCCAUGACUCCUUUGUUGGUAGCAGCCUAUGAAGGACAUGUUGAUGUAGUCGAUUUGCUGCUUGAAGGAGGAGCAGAUGUUGAUCAUACAGACAAUAAUGGGCGCACUCCUCUUCUUGCAGCUGCUUCUAUGGGCCAUGCCUCGGUUGUAAACACCCUCUUGUUCUGGGGAGCAGCUGUGGAUAGUAUUGACAGUGAAGGAAGAACUGUAUUGAGUAUAGCAUCGGCACAAGGGAAUGUGGAAGUUGUACGGACUCUACUGGACAGAGGAUUAGAUGAGAAUCAUAGAGAUGAUGCUGGCUGGACUCCACUGCAUAUGGCCUCAUUUGAAGGGCAUAGAUUAGUGUGUGAAGCUCUUAUUGAACAAGGUGCCCGAUGUGUUGAAGUUGAUAAUGAUGGUCGAAUUCCAUUGAUAUUGUCUGCCCAAGAAGGUCAUUAUGACUGUGUUCAGAUACUGCUUGAAAACAAAUCCAGUGUUGAUCAAAGAGGCUACGAUGGUAGGAAUUCAUUAAGAGUCACAGCCUUAGAAGGUCAUAGAGACAUUGUUGAACUGCUUCUUAGUCAUGGAGCAGAUAUAGAUGGUAAAGAUGCUGAUGGCCGCCCUACUCUAUACAUCUUGGCACUUGAAAAUCAACUGGCGAUGGCAGAAUAUUUCUUAGAAAAUGGAGCAAAUGUGGAAAUAAGUGACACAGAAGGAAGAACAGCUCUUCAUGUUUCCUGCUGGCAAGGUCAUUUAGAAAUGGUGCGGUUGUUGAUUAACUAUCAUGCCGAUGUCAACUCUGCUGAUAACGAGAAACGUUCUGCUUUGCAGUCUGCUGCGUGGCAAGGACACACCAAGGUAGUCCAGCUGCUGAUUGAUAAAGACACUCAUGUUGAUCACACGUGUAAUCAGGGAGCCACUGCACUCGGCAUUGCAGCCCAAGAAGGACACUUUGAUGUGGUUCAGAUACUGUUGGAACAUGGUGCUGAUCCAAACCAUGCAGAUCAAUUUGGCCGCACAGCAAUGAGAGUUGCAGCAAAAGGGGGUCACUCCUCAAUAAUUAAACUCCUUGAAAAGUAUGGAGCCUCUAGUCUGAAUGGCUGUAGUCCUUCUCCUGUACACACAAUGGAACAAAAAGCCCCCCUUUCUGUUGCAUCAAAAAUGCAGUCAAUAACAAUAAAAUCCAACAGCUCUGGCAGCACAGGUAUAGGGGAUUUGCAGCCUUCAGUCCGCGGCAUGUCAAAUGGACCUGUCCAUGCCUUCAGCUCUCCUUCAGAAUCUCCUGACUCAACUGUGGAUCGGCAAAAGUCCUCACUUUCUAAUAACUCUCUUAAAAGUUCAAAAAACUCUUCCUUGCGAACAACAUCUUCUACCGCAACUGCCCAGACUGUACCUAUUGACAGUUUCCAUGCUAUGACUUUUACUGAACAAAUUCAGCAGCAUUCUUUGCCUCGUAGCCGAAGCAGACAGUCCAUUGUUUCACCCUCUUCGACAACUAGGUCUAUAGGACAGCAUGCUAGUACCCCCUCCUGUGAAUUUGAAUGGAGUCAAGUAAAGCCCAAUCUGAAGUCAACUAAAGGAGGUAAACCUGGGAAAAAUGGCUCAAGCAAGGAAUGUUCAGGAGGAAGGAAGUCCAAGAACAGUGGUUCCUGUCAACCACAAGUUUUAGAAUAUGAAAUGACACAGUUCGACAAGAAAAUGGCUGUAACAAAGCCUGUAUCAAAUGUGGGAGUGACCAUAAAACAGAUUCCAGUAGAGCCUCUAUGUAAAAUUGUGGUUCCACCACCUCAGCUAGAUGUUGGGAGAUCACAUCAACAAUUCCUAAUUCAGCAACAAAACAGUGCAGAAAAGAAAAGGACCGGCAUAAUGACCAACCCAAACUACCAUCUUCAAGGAAAUCAGGUUUUCUUUGGAAGAGUUUCUGUCCCGAGAACUGUACAAGAUAGGGGACAUCAGGAGGUAUUGGAUGGUUAUCCAGUGGGAGAGACAGAAAUAACCCUUAAACAAGCUCUUAAACUUCAGAUUGAAGGAACAGACCCCAGCUUUAACUACAAAAAGGAAACUCCAUUAUAGCUGAUGUCUUGAACAGUGUCCAUCAUAUAAAAAUGGGAAAGACUGAGCCAAAGGAACUUCUUAUCUGCAGAAAACGGAAUUCAUUUUUUCCCCACAAUCCAGAGCGUAAGCUUUGGACACCUCUUAAAAAUGCCUGGAGAAGAAUGUGAUUGCUGCACACGGAUUACAUUGACUGAUACUGCUAUGUGCCUGCAGUUGUGAUGGCCUUUUCAGUGUAACCCUGCACGCUUUAUCAUUUUUAUUUAAUGUGUCAUGUAUUUAAUAUGCAGAAUAUGCACUUUUCAUAAAGUAGUUUUUUUCCCCAACAGAUCCAUUAUUGGAAAGACAUCAUGUGGAUUUGUGUUUAUACCAACAUACACUUCAGGGGGAGGUGGAGUUGGGGAGUUGGAAAGAAGAAUAUAUUGAAAUACGUAAUACAUUGUAGGUCCAGAAUUUGACAAUAUAACAUUAUCUUCAUCUAUAAUUUGCCUUUAGGAGUUCUCAGCAAUGGGAAGUAAAUAAUAUUCCACUCAUAAUACAAAAUAUGUAAAUGUACUAUGGUUCCUGUAUAUUAUAUGUUACCCAUGCUGAUAGUAAUGGUAUUUUACAGUUUGGGUAUAAUCAAAGCUAUUUAUUAUGGAAAAGCCACUUGCAUUGCAUAUCAUAUGUUGUACCAUGGUGCUGUAGUGAUUGUAUACCUGAGAUAUUUGGGGGCUGUGUUUGAUCCCAGUCUUUUUUUUUUUUUUUUGAACACCAUAGUAUUAUUGGACCCUCCUGAGGGGGUAGCUAAAAACAUAAAGAACAAAUGCAUUUACUUUGUCCCUGUGGGACAUUUACUAAUUGGAAGACUGGGUAGAAUUGAGGCUCAAAUCAUUUUGGUUUAAAAUGUAGUGUGCCAGAAAAUGUGUGGUUUGUCACAGAAACACGUGCAGUGCAUUUAUAAUACUAAACCUACAGGAAUCCUUGUAAUGCAGAAGGAUACUGCUAAAGUAUUAUGUUUUUUAGGGUGAUUUUGCUCAUCAUUGGGAUUACAUAGAAACCUUUUUGGUUACAUAGUGUCUAUUGUGGGAAAGGUAUAUAGAUCUCUGGUUUCACGAGGGGCUAGGAUUUCUAGACUGGUUUGAGCAUUGGGUGCAGUCAUAUUUGGUUUGAAACAGAUUUUGGAAACCCAAUGUGGGUCAUGAGUUAGUCUAGGAAGAAACAGAGAGAAAAAAUAUUGUUUUCAGAGGCUGCAUUUCAAAUCCUCAUGGGAUGGGUUUGUGAAAAAGCUUGGAAUUGGAGCGUGAAGAGCUCUCAGAGUUUGAACAUCUGUUUUUACUGGGCUUGUUAAGGGUAUGGGUUUGUUUUUUUAGUAAUGUCAAUUCUGCUGGUUAUUCACUUUUUUUUUUAGAUCUUUCAUUUAUACUAUUACACAAAGUUCAUAACAGUCAGAAAACAAUGUAUACAGAACUACAUUUCAUUAAGGAAAGAAGAUAUAUACAUUUCAUUAAGGACCAGAAAAUAUAGCACUGCAUCAAACAGUAUUGGAUAAAAGCAGUUAACUAAAGCGUUUCAGUUUUUUGCUUUUGAUGUGCAAGCCAGCAACAAAUGGGAUUUAUAAAUAGGAAGGAGAGGGUUUGUUUAAAGAGUUUCUUGCCCUCGUAUCCCAGACAGUAUCCAUAAUCAUUUUGCCAACUUUUUUUUUUUAACUUUUUUUUUUUUUUUUGGUGCAAAUGCCUGUUCAUCCAAUUAGGCA